AUGGAGGAGAAGAAGCUCAAGAGCUUCAACGAUCUCCUUCCUCCGGAGCUGAUACGAGCAAUCUUACUGAGGGUUCCCAUCAAACACCUUGCGUGCGUCAGGUGCGUUUCCAAGCUAUGGAAUACUCUCAUUUCCGAUCCCAAUUUCGCAAAAUCCCAUCUUGACCUCUCUCUCGCACCCUCUCAUACAUGUCUCUUCCUCCAAGACAAUUCUCACGCUUACUCAGUUGACCUCGAUGCACUGCUUCAAGAUGAUAAUGAUGGCGUUGAUGCAAUAGCCCUCUCUCUCCCUUUCAUGAAGAAGCCACCUUCUGAUUUCCAUCUUCUUGGUUCCUGCAGAGGAGUUUAUGAUCGUCUUGUUAAGGUCUUCUGCUUUCUCCAUGAUGCGCUUCUAUAUGGCUUUGGGUACGAUGCGUCACAAGAUGAUUAUGUAAUAGUUGUAGCCUAUAAGGGUAAAGAUGGCGAAAACCAUUUUAAUAUGUGUUAUUUGAGAAGCAAUUCAUGGAUUAGUCUUGAUGCUGCACUUCCCAAAUCAUCGUCCUGGGAUAAUUGGAAACCUAAGGGGUUGUUCUGUAACGGGGCUAUUCAUUGGUCUACUUAUGAGUACUGUAUUGACAUUCUUAUCUUUGAUCUGAAGGAAAGAAGUUUCUCCACGAUAUGCGGGCAACACCUCUUUAAACCCCGUGUCGUCCUGCUAGGAGGAUGCCUAGCCUUCUAUUUGUAUGGAGAGAAUACAGCAGGAGAGAAUACAACUGAGGUAUGGGUGAUGAAAGAAUAUAAAGUGGAGUCGUCUUGGACUGUCUAUGAGAUUCCUCUUGAACUCUUUAAGCCUCUGUGCUUAUCUGCUAAUGGGGAUAUUAUUGGAAGAUGUUAUCCUUCAGAUGGUGAAGUAGGGUUCUAUAUAUAUAAUGUCAGAGGAGAGCUGCUCAAACAUGUUCAAUAUCUUUAUGGUGAGCCUUCCAACCACAUAAGGUCCAUUGUACAUGUGGACUGUCUCAUGGCAGUCCCUAGCAACAUCAAGAAGAAGAAGAGGAAAAAGGGUAUGUAA